AUGGUUCGCAAGGAUCCCAUCUUUGAGGCUCGCACCAAUGUCAAGCUCCACUCCAACCGACUCAAAAAAGAAGCCGCCCGCGCCGAAGCCACCUUCAAAUCCGAAAAAGCCAAAGCCGACCGCGCCAUGAAAGCCCGCGAAUUUCAAAUCGCGCGCAUCCACGCCUCGUCCGCCGUCCGCGAAAAACGCCGGCAAGUCUCGCUCAAGGCCGAGGCCGCCCGCGCGGACGUGAUCAUCAACGAACUCAAAGCGGCGCAAAGCACGCGCGACACAUCGCGCACGCUGGCGCUGGCGAGCCGGGGCUUGGACGCCGCGAGCAAGAGUGUGAAUCUGGAGCAUUUGGUGGCUCAUGCGAAUAAUUUUCUGCAGCGGAGUGAGGACUUUAAGAUUGCGGGGGCGGCGAUCGAGGAGGUGGCGGCGGGGGUGAGUAUGGCGGAGUAUGGGGCCGAGGGAGAAGGCGAGGUGGAUGCGUUGAUGGGUCAGUUGGCGGAUGAUGCUGGGGUGGAGUGGAGGAUGGCGUUGGAGGAUGAGGCUGGACAGGUGCCGGAGGGGGAGGGUGCAGGAACCGAAGGUGUCGGAGGGGGCGCAUGGGGAAGUGGAAGAUGGGCUGGGUGCGAGGUUGAGGGCAUUGAGAGCUGCCAAUUAAGAUUGGAGAAGUCGCUUGAGGAACGCAGUUGGAUGGUCAGAAGAGUGGGGGUUUCCCUGUCUUGUCCAAGGCUGUUCCUCCUACCUGCUCAGCCAUCACGGCUGCUCCGGACUCUCGAUAUUCGAUAUACCCUUGACUGGACAUCAUCGCAGUCCAGUCCCAUGUUCUCCCUCCCACCCCCACCCCCACUCUCUUUUAUAUAUCCUCCCUUCAUGACCCUCUGCUGUCUAUCUACCUCGGUCUUCCCCCCAUUUGGUCCACGCUACCUUCCUUUGGUCCUGCCCUAG